CCUCGCCCCGUUAUACCGCUUUGCCGUACCGUUGGCCGGUUUUAACGCGCUUUUCCAAACUUCAUCCGUACUCUCGACAAGUGCUGAUUUUUUUUUUUCUUUUCCUUUGAUUUUUGUGCGAUUUUGGUUCGUUGUUGUUGCUGUUGGUGGUGGUGGUUUUUUUUUUUUUUUUGCAAGUUCAGUGAACAAGGGAGAGUGUGCGUCCGUGUUCUAUUCGGGAAAGCGGGAAACUACCGCUGCUGUGUACGUGUCCGCGAGUUCCGGUGCGCCUGGCACACUCUUCCGCGAACUUUCGAAUCUCAGGUGAACGAGUCACUCGGAGAGGACGGGCCAAAAAAGGCCACUUGAUGUGUUGAAGAUGCACCGAGUGCCGAGCAACGGUGGGCCUACCUGCUCCGUUGUAUGGGUAACGGUGGGCAUCCUGCUCGUCCUACUGUCAGCAUCGUUACCGUCGUCGGUUCUCUCGUUGGCACCUGAUGCAGCCAGUAAUGCCAUAAGCCGGGCUCUGGUGGUUGGUCGAUGCCCAGCCUACGACGAGCAGAACGUCUGCCCAGCCCGUGCCGCUGCCUGCAGCUCCGACCCCGAUUGUCAGACACCGCUGGAACGAUGCUGCGCCACCGCGUGCGGUAAGCGCUGCGUCCAGGGUGAGUUGACAGGUUGCGAGCAGUUGGCUUUGGCAGCCCGUCGGCGCUCGCGCGCCAUUGGUCCCAGCGGCCCGGCCCAACUAGUGCCCAAGUGCGACAACACCACCGGCGAGUUCGAGAGGAUACAGUGUGAUCCAAGAGAUGGCGGUGGCUGCUGGUGCGUCGACGAGUUUGGAGGCGAGAUCGCCGGCACCAGGACUCGUCGCAGGGAGCUGGUCAACUGUGACAACCCAAGGGUGUGUCCGGCACACAGCUGCCGCAUGCUCUGUCCCCUGGGCUUUGAGAUUGACCCAAAAUCCGGUUGCCCUCGAUGCGAAUGCCGAGACCCGUGCCGGGGCGUCAUUUGUCCCGGCGGUGGUAGCCAGAGCUGCGAGCUAACUGACGUGCCCUGCGCCCGUCCGCCCUGCCCACCGGUGCCCAGCUGUCGCAAGGCCAAGUCCCUGGCAAACAUCUGUCCAGUGGGCGAGCCUCUGCAGAUAACCGAGUCGCCACGACCGUUCCUUUGCGGCGUGACCCCCGGCAAACCGGACUGUCCACCGCUGUACCGGUGCCAGGUCGAGGCGGGCCAGGAGUACGGGGUCUGCUGCCCAGACUCCAAGGAGCUAAGACGUGACGGCAGCUGCCCAGCCGUCCAGUCCGAGUACUGCGGGCGCAACUGUACCCACGAUCUCGACUGCCCGGCACCGCACAAGUGCUGUUCCAGUGACAAGUGCGAUGCCAAGGUAUGCGUGCCCCCGACCGGAUUGACCGCUUGCAAGAGGAACCGCAUGCUUGCCGAGAUGCUCAGCGUCAACGAGAGACAGGGUCGUGGCUACGUGCCUCAGUGCGACGAUGAUGGCGAAUACGAGGCUAGACAGUGCUCGCGAAACGGUCUGGUUUGCUGGUGCGUAGACCCAACGGGCAAGAAGGUCAGUGGCUCGAUGGGUCCAGCGGACAAGGUCGAGUGCGUCGUCAGCGAGGACCCAUCGGGCUUGGUAACGGGCGCUGCCGGCAAAGGACGAGCUCUGCCGUCGGCUAGCUGUGCUUUGCAGCAGUGCGCCCAGGUCUGCCAAUACGGUUUCAAGAGCGACGACUCAGGCUGCCCAACCUGCGAGUGCGACGAUCCCUGCGAAGGAUACCCGUGCCCAGUUGGCGAGGAGUGCGUGCUGAGACGGGAGGAUGGUUGCCCGGACUUCCUCUGCCCGACGAAGCCUGAGUGCCGACUUCGGCGUACCUUUAAAAACCCUUGCGCCUCUGGCUCGCCGUUGAGCGAUGAGAGUGGCAACGCCGUCACGUGCAACUUCAGCGAUGGGUCGGCUAAUAGGACAGGAUGUCCACAACAGCACCGUUGCACGUCCGUGCCCGAAGCCGAGCGGUCCGUGUGCUGCCCGAUACCAGCCGAACCCGCCAAAUCGCCCACUAUGUGCGAGUACCUGCGUGACUUCAGCGAGCGGAUGGAGGGUACGCGGGAAGGUAUGAGCUUGGCCAUACCGGCGCCCCAGUGCGCCGAGGAUGGCUCUUAUCGCGCGCUCCAGUGCCAGUUUGGCCGCAAUUGCUCCUGCGUUGACGAUUACGGGGUUUGUUUGAAGAGCAACGUCGACCCGGACGAUGGACAUACUGACUGCGCCGAGGUGCGCGACCUGCUUAAUUUGUGCGGCGCUUUCCAGUGCAACCUCACCUGCAACUAUGGCUUUGAACUCGACGCAGCCGGUUGUAGGACGUGCCAUUGUCAUGAUCCGUGCCUGGAGGUCGAGUGCGGCUCCAACGAGGCCUGCGCCCUCGUCGACGUGAACUGCGGACUCGGUCAAAGUUGUCCCUCGGUGCCCGCUUGCUUGGCCACCAAACCCGGCCAGUGUCCCUAUCUCGUCCCAAGCUCCUCUAGUUGUGAGCUGCUCUGCAGUAAUGAUCAAGAGUGUCCCGUUGGUGACAAGUGCUGCUCUACUGGUUGCGGCACCCAGUGCGUGGCUCCAGUAAUGGCAACAGCCUGUCAGCACGCACGUGCCGUCGCUGAGCACGCGGCUCGUGAGUCUGGCGAGCCAGCCCGGCUGAGUUACCUCCCUCGUUGCGAUUUGGAGGGCCAGUUUGAACCGGUCCAGUGUCACGCAAGCAUGUGCUGGUGCGUAGAUGAGGAGGGCCGCGAGGCCCCUGGCACCCGAGUCACCGAAGGCUUAGUGCCGCGCUGUGGUGCCCCUCAGCACUGUCCCGAUGUUGAUGACUGCAGUCUAGAGUGCUACGACGGCUACGAACUCGAUCCCGCCACCGGAUGUCCCACCUGCGCGUGCCGUGACCCCUGCAAAACUGUCACUUGCCGUGGGGAGAACGAGGCCUGCAGAAUGGUUGAGGUGGCGUGCAGUGCACCACCCUGUCCUCCAGUACCGGUGUGUCUCCCGAAAAAAGACAACCCCUGUCCGAACGGCUCGCCAUUGAGGGUCGAAGACGGCAGUCCAGCCACAUGUGGACCUCACGGCCAAAGCUGCCCCUCGACCCAUAAAUGUGAGCUUUCGCCUCUGGACGAGUACGCGGUCUGCUGUCCAAAACCACGAGAAGUUUGCUUCGAGGCUCCGAGAAGGACAGCGCCGUGCAAGGAGAAUGUGGCUAAUAGCACGGAAAGAUGGUACUUUGACGCGGAGCUCAAUGAGUGUCGGAGGAAGCCUGGCUGUGGUAGCAGUGGCUACAACGACUUCUCGAGUAAACUCGUCUGCGACACCGUGUGUCCGGUGCUGUCGCAGUGCGAAAGGCUCAGGGAGAGAAAUCUUAAGAGCGCCCAGAAGUACAAACAACCUUCCUUUUUACCAAGGUGCAAUUUAGACACGGGCGCUUGGGAGUCAAUACAGUGCCUGGAACAAGUAGGCGUUUGUUGGUGCGUGAACAAAAAGGGCGAGCCUAUAAAGGGCUCUCUAACCCGGGACGCUGAGCCCAAGUGCAACUUCCGGCAAGCACGUCGGGGCCGGACCGGGGAGCCCGACAGCAGCAACACCUCGGGGUCUUUCAAUCAGGACAUAGACGCCGAGAUUAAGGCUUACAUGGAGAGCGCCUUUUUAGGUCUGGCAGCCGAGGCUCAGGAGAUAAACAAAGCACUGGGCAGUAGAUGCCAGGCUAUGAGGGAGCGCGGCUUUUUGCCCGCCGUCUGCGACAAGUACGGCAGAUUCGAGCCUACUCAGUGCGCCGGGGAGACUUGCUGGUGUGUCGACGAAGCUGGAAAUCAGCUCAUUGGCUCUGAGCCUUUUAUCAAGGGAACCAAUAUAUGCCUUAUGACCACUAAGACGAAGGGCGUUGUGGCUGUCCGUACUCCUCAGGACUGUCUUUCCUGGCUUGCAUUUGUAGUAAAAAAUUUUUGCAUGGCACCAGGGUGGAUAGUUGAACAGCUACAAAAUUCUGACGUCCUUAAGGAGGUUGUGCUUUGGCUGGACAUGUCUCCUGGUAUUCCACCAGAAAUGUUGACGUUCUGA